UCAUGUUUUGUAUACAACGAAAGGACGAAGCAUCGUUAUAGCUCGAACAUACUUGAUCAACCAGCUCAGCUGACGUGUUCUAUCAUUCUCACAUAUAAAUAUCUUCAACUCUAUUAUGCAUUGUAGAAAAAAACAGUAUUGCUAGCUAAUCGUUCAAACCGCUCAUCGACUAUACUACUCUCUCCAUCUCAUCUUCUUUGUUGUUCUUAUUUUUAAUGUGCUCUCGUCUUUCAUCAACAUCUAUUUUGUUUGCGUUUUCUCUGUGAAAUCUGGAUCCGUCGAUUUCUUGUAGCAUCACGUAAUCACAGCUUAAAAAAAAACAUUCCAAGCAUGUAACUUUGUUCCCAAUUCCCAUCUCUGUUAUAUUUGCUUUCCACAAAAUUCAAAAAGAAAAAAAAAAUUCCAUUAACAAUAUCUGAAUUAUCCUUCUUUGGUUGUAGUAGUGGUAUAAGCCUGGCUCGUAACACUUCCCUUAUUCCUUAAAAAAACUCUUAUAAAAACCCUUCAAAUCAUGUAACUUCAGUCUUAGUAGUAUUAUUCCUAGUUAUCACCACAACCUAUACAAAAAAUUAAAAAAAAAAAAAACUCUUUUUAUAUUUGUUAGUUAAUAGAGCAAUCUAUCCUGGCCAAGAUCAAGGCGGUGCAUCCUUAGCAGAGCCUUUAAAAAAGUUAUCGAAUCAUGUAAUUGUGAAGCUAGAGUUUCAUUAUCUUCAAUUAUUUUUGUCUUUUUCUUAUUAUUAAAAAAAAAAAAAAAAAAUUCUGAGGUGAGCAAAAAAAGAAAAGAGAUCGAUGGCGGAAGCAGAGGCAGAUACUCCGACGGUGUCGGCGCCGGCAACACCGGGGACGCCUGCUCCACUGUUCUCAUCUAUGCGAGUGGAUUCACUCUCGUAUGAUCGUAAGUCAAUGCCGCGAUGCAAAUGCUUGCCUGUGAGUGCACCAAUGUGGGCCCAAUCUCACACGUGCUUCACCGAUUUUCCCGCUUCUGCUGACAUCUCUCUUGCUCGCAAGAUAGGAGCGGAGUUCCUGGGGACGUUCAUACUGAUAUUCGGGGCAACAGCAGGGCCAAUAGUGAAUGAGAAGUACAAUGGAGCAGAGACACUGAUAGGGAAUGCAGCGUGUGCGGGGCUUGCGGUGAUGGUAGUGAUUCUGUCGACGGGCCACAUCUCAGGGGCACAUCUCAAUCCGUCGCUCACCAUUGCCUUUGCGGCGCUACGUCACUUCCCCUGGACUCAGGUUCCUGCGUACGUGGCAGCUCAGGUGUCUGCCUCCAUUUGUGCUUCUUUUGCUCUCAAAGGAGCUUUCCAUCCCUUUAUGUCCGGCGGAGUCACGGUUCCUUCGGUCAGCAAUGGCCAGGCCUUCGCACUCGAGUUUCUCAUCACUUUCAAUCUCUUGUUUGUUGUCACUGCUGUAGCCACUGACACCCGUGCGGUGGGAGAGUUGGCUGGGAUGGCAGUUGGAGCCACUGUCAUGCUCAACAUUCUUAUAGCAGGGCCAUCGAGUGGUGCAUCCAUGAAUCCUGUGAGAACUCUUGGCCCAGCCGUUGCAGCUGGAAAUUACAAGGCGCUGUGGAUAUACUUUGUGGCACCGACUCUAGGGGCUCUUGUUGGGGCUGGUGCCUACACAGCCGUAAAACUCCCACAAAGCAAUGGUGAUCGUCAGGUCAGAAGCUUCCGUCGCUAGCUAGCUACGUACCUACAAAUACAUGAUCUGAUGAUCCUAUAUGUUUAUAUGAAGGACUUUUACAGUUUGGUUGUCUUCUCUAUCUCAUGUGUGUUGUUAAGUCAUAUGAUAAAUAUAUGACAGACUUUUAUUUACGAUAUAAUAAUGGGCAGGGAAAUAAAUAUCGCAUCUAAGCUCCAUGCUCUUCACUCUUGUUUGUUUGUACUAUACAUAUACACUGCUUGUAAUAAUAUGCGUGAUUUGUUGGUUUGUUCAUGUAUUGGGUACAAUAUUUUGGCGCCAACUAAUAAUAAUAAUAAUAAAGAUCUAGUACCUUA